AUGGCCAAUCUCCUUCUUGUCAGUCGAGGAUCCAACCCCUCACCCACAGUUGGUGAAUGCUGGGUACGAAACUUUGUCAACCGCCAUGAAGAGCUGAAAUCUAAAUUCUCCCGCAAGUAUGAUUAUCAGUGUGCACUAUGUGAGGAUUCUGAGGUUAUCCGUGGGUGGUUUAGACUCGUACAAAACACCAUUGCAAAGUAUGGGAUCCUGGAUGAUGAUAUCUACAACUUUGAUGAGACUGGAUUUCAGAUGGGGGUUAUUGGGACUGCCAGGGUCAUUACUGGGUCUGAAAGAGCUGGGAAUCCUAAGCUUGUACAGCCUGGAGAUCGGGAAUGGGUGACUGUUAUUGCUGGAAUUAAUGCAACUGGCUGGGCUCUACGUACGAUGAUUAUACUCAAGGGAAAGAUGCACCAGUCCUGUUGGUAUGAGACAGAAGGGCUGCCAAGUGACUGGGUGAUUGAAGUCAAUGAGAAUGGCUGGACUACUGACCAGCUGGCUGGAUUUGAUCAAUUCUGCUCUGAGAAUCAGAUUAUUGCUCUCUAUAUGCCACCUCAUUCCUCCCAUCUUCUUCAGCCAUUGGAUGUUGGCUGCUUCUCCUCACUGAAAACAGCGUACGGACAACAGGUAGAGAACCAAAUGCGGCUUGGAAUCAACCAUAUUGAUAAGGAGGAGUUUCUGGCCCUAUAUCCUGCAGCUCAGAUACAGGCCCUGACUGAGAGCAACAUUAAGAGUGGUUUUAGAGCAGCUGGGCUGGUUCCGUACGAUCCUGAGCAGGUUCUCUCACGACUUAAUACAACAAUGCAUACCCCCACCCCACCUGGGACCUCUCAUAGCUCUCAGGCCUCCUGGGCCACUGCUACACCACAUAAUAUACACCAGCUAGAGCAGCAGACUAAGAAAGUUAAAGGAUAUAUUAAGCGCCCUCAAGAGGGUGCUUUAAGGGUUGAAGAAGGCUUGGAUCGCGUACGAAGGGUCAAUGAAUUGGAAGGAGGGGUGGUUGAGGCUGCUGGCUCUCAACCACGAAAACGUGCAGCACCACGGUGUAGUGUAUGUGGGACUAUUGGACAUACUGCUCGUACAUGCUCUAAGCAUAUAGAAAUUAUCUCAUAA